CAAAGCAGGAAGUAGAUACGGAAAUAUCUAGUGAGCAGCUGCAGGUAGUUUUCAGGCAGGUCUUAUCUGUCACAAAACAGCUUCUCUGUCAAAAUGUUGAAGGCGGUCAUUUUAAUUGGAGGACCCCAGAAAGGCACAAGAUUCAGGCCGCUGUCAUUUGAAGUUCCUAAACCCUUGUUUCCAGUAGCUGGUGUUCCCAUGCUUCAGCACCACAUCGAAGCAUGUGCCAAAGUACCAAAUAUGAAGGAGAUUUUGCUCAUUGGGUUUUACCAGCCAAAUGAAGAACUGAACAGAUUCCUGUUUAAUGCACAGCAGGAGUUCAAAAUUUCCAUCAGGUAUCUGCAGGAGUAUGCAGCCCUGGGCACUGGAGGGGGCAUCUAUCACUUCAGAGAUCAGAUUGUCUCCGGGAGUCCAGAGGCUUUCUUUGUACUGAAUGCUGAUGUUUGUUCAGCGUUUCCUCUCACAGAGAUGCUCAGCUUCCAGAAGGAACAUGGAGAACCAAACAGCUUUGUUAUCCUUGGGACAACGGCAAACAGAAAGCAGUCUAUGAAUUAUGGCUGUAUUGUGGAAAACGAGGAAACAAAUGAGGUCAUGCAUUAUGUGGAAAAGCCAAGCACAUUUGUGAGUGACAUCAUCAACUGUGGCAUAUACCUGUUUAACCCAGAGAUCUUCCAGCAUAUCGGCACUGUCUUUCAGAAGAAUCAGCAGGAUAUGUUGCUAUAUCCAUAUGAUGGAGAGGAGCCAACUAACGGCUGGCACAGAGCGGAGGCCAUCAGGCUGGAGCAGGACAUUUUCACCGCCCUUGCAGGACAGGGCAAACUCUACGUAUAUAAAACCCUCAGCUUCUGGAGCCAGAUUAAAUCAGCAGGCUCUGCCAUUUAUGCCAGUCGGUUAUACCUCAACCAGUAUCACAUAAGUCAUCCUGAAAGACUGGCCUCAAACAAAGAGGGAGGACCCAAAAUAAGUGGUAACGUCUACAUUCAUCCAACAGCCAACAUUGAUCCCACUGCUAUGUUGGGCCCUAAUGUCUCCAUCGGAACUGGUGUGACUAUUGGUGCUGGGGUCAGAGUUCGAGAAUCCGUCAUCCUCCACGGUGCAAAUCUACAGGAUCACUGCUGUGUUUUGAACAGCAUUGUGGGAUGGGAUAGCACCAUCGGCAAGUGGGCAAGAGUAGAAGGAACCCCAAGUGACCCCAAUCCAAAUGAUCCGUAUUCAAAGAUUGACAGCGAGACACUCUUCAGAGAUGGAAAACUCACACCCUCAAUUACUAUUCUCGGUUGUAACGUGACCAUCCCUUCCGAGGUGAUUAUACUGAACUCGAUUGUCCUCCCACAUAAAGACCUCAACCGCAGCUUCAAAAACCAAAUUAUUCUCUAGUUAAUCUUCCUCACGCGUCUGUCCACUUACUGUCACUGAUGAAGGAUGCUGCUGGUCGACUGCUGACACUGCCUCUGAGUUACUGUAUAUAAGAUGUCAAAAAUGAAUAUAUGAACAUUCAUUAAAUAGUUUUGAAAGAUAGAUUUUUAUAUAUUUGUCCUCAAGCCUUUAUGCAACAUCGGGUGUCAGCAGCAUUAGAGAAAAGCUAAUCAUGCAUGUUGAUUCACCUUGAAAAGUGCUAUCAUGCUAGAGAGUUUUAUUGGUUUUUUAUCAAUUUUACCGAACUGUAAAAUUGCUACAGACACUAGUGUAAUGUAUUUAGCUGGGUGUGAAAAAAGAAAGUUUAUAGAACUGUGCGCUGUUUCUCAAGGGCAUCCUUGACAAACUUGACUUGUUACUUAAACAUGAGAAGAAUUAUUACAAAAUAAAAAUUACUGCCUACCGACUGUG